AUGGCUCAGUACAAGGGUGCCGCCAGCGAGGCGGGCCGCGCCAUGCACCUGAUGAAGAAGCGGGAGAAGCAGCGGGAGCAGAUGGAGCAGAUGAAGCAGCGCAUCGCCGAGGAAAAUAUAAUGAAAUCCAACAUCGACAAGAAGUUCUCAGCACAUUAUGAUGCUGUGGAAGCUGAGCUCAAAUCCAGCACUGUGGGCCUGGUGACCCUGAAUGACAUGAAGGCCAAGCAGGAGGCCUUGGUGAAGGAGCGGGAGAAGCAGUUGGCCAAGAAGGAGCAAUCCAAGGAGCUUCAGCUGAAGCUGGAGAAGCUGCGUGAGAAGGAGCGCAAAAAGGAGGCGAAACGGAAGAUCUCGAGCCUGUCUUUCACCCUGGAGGAGGAAGAGGAUGGAGCCGAGGAAGAAGACGAGGUGGCUCUGUAUGAGGAGGAGCUGGACAGGGAAGAGGUCAUCACGAAGAGGAGGAAGCUGGGGAAGAACCCAGAUGUGGACACAAGCUUCUUGCCUGACCGAGACCGUGAGGAGGAGGAGAACCGACUCCGGGAAGAGCUUCGACAGGAGUGGGAGGCCAAACAGGAGAAGAUCAAGAGUGAGGAGAUUGAGAUCACCUUCAGUUACUGGGAUGGUUCUGGACACCGGCGGACGGUCAAGAUGAAGAAGGGCAACACCAUGCAGCAGUUCCUUCAGAAGGCACUGGAGAUCCUGCGCAAAGAUUUCAGUGAGCUCAGGUGAGGUGUGUGGGUGUGCUGUGCAGGCUCAGUGCUGCAGGGAAUCACGCUGGCCCUUUCCUGUCCUCACUAAUAGCACCACAGUUUCUACGACUUCAUCGUCACCAAGGCCAGAGGGAAGAGCGGACCACUCUUCAAUUUUGACGUUCACGAUGAUGUGCGGCUUCUGAGUGAUGCCACCGUGGAGAAGGACGAGUCGCACGCCGGCAAGGUGGUGCUCAGGAGCUGGUAUGACAAGAACAAGCACAUUUUCCCGGCCAGCCGCUGGGAGCCCUACGACCCCGAGAAGAAGUGGGACAAAUACACGAUCCGGCAGCGUAUCCCCAGCGAGAGUGGCCACUGCCCGUCCCCGCUACCCGCACCCCGCGUGCACCUGGAAGGAGUCCGAGGCCUCGGGUCCAGGCAGCAGGUGUCCCAGGCCAGAGAUGCCUCCGAGGCGGGGCCUGAGCGCGCUCGCGCGGCUGGGGACGAGCCACCGCCUCCGGCCCUAGGGGGUGUGGCACGGGAGCGCGCGGGGCUCAGGGUGGCCAUUGGCAAGCGGCGGGGGGCGGGGAAGGUAGGUGGCCGCCCUGCCCUGCCACCCAUACGGAGCCGCAGCGCCCGCGUCCCAGGGCCGGUCAGCGGGACCCCCUUCCUGAUGAGGACCCUUUGUGGCGGUUAA